AUGAUCGACCCCGCUGUCGAGCUCCCCUUCUUCUACGGGAGCAUCAGCCGGGCGGAGGCCGAGGAGCAGCUGAAGCUGGCCGGGAUGUUGGACGGCCUGUUCCUGCUCCGUCAGUGCCUGCGGAGCCUCGGCGGGUACGUCCUCUCCAUGGUCUGGAACUUGGAUUUUCAUCACUAUUCGGUGGAGAAGCAGCUCAACGGUACCUACUGCAUCGCCGGCGGCAAACCUCACUGCGGGCCGGCCGAGCUGUGCGAGUACUACAGCAAGGACGCGGACGGGCUGGUGUGCCCGCUCCGCAAACCCUGCCUGCGAGGCCCGGAGAUGCCCAUCCGACCCGGCGUCUUCGACAACCUUAGAGACAACAUGCUGAGGGAGUACGUGCGGCAGACCUGGAACCUGGAGGGAGAGGCCAUGGAGCAAGCUAUCAUCAGUCAGGCCCCACAGCUAGAGAAGCUAAUCGCCACCACUGCACAUGAGAAAAUGCCCUGGUUCCACGGCAAGAUCCCAAGGCAGGAGGGAGAGAGACGGCUGUAUUCCGGAGUGCAGCCAGAUGGCAAAUUCCUAAUAAGAGAGAGAGACGAGUCUGGCACCUUUGCUCUCUCGGUCAUGUAUGGUAAAACAGUUUACCAUUACCAAAUUCUGCACGACAAAUCAGGCAAAUAUUCAAUGCCGGAGGGGACCAAGUUUGACACGGUGUGGCAGCUCGUAGAGUAUCUGAAGAUGAAACCCGACGGCCUGGUGACUAUCCUUAGAGAAGCUUGCGUGAAUCGCAAUAACGUACCACAGAGUAUGCACCCACUCAACCUUACACACACAUUAACACACAAACACACACACACACACACACACACACGCGGCAAAAAUCCCUACACACCGCCACCUCAAGGUAAGCUUGCGUCAUCACUGCCCUCUAUAAAACUUGGCGAUCGUCAGCCUCUGCCCAUGGACAGCAGUGCGUUUGAUCACUACGCCGACCCGAAAGAACUGCAGGAGAGGACUCUCUUCAUUAAGAGAGACCGACUGAUGAUCGACGAAGUGGAGCUGGGGUCAGGCAACUUUGGAUGUGUGAAGAAAGGGGUUUACACGAUGACAAGCAAACACAUCGAUGUGGCCAUCAAAGUGCUGAAGAGCGAGAAUGAGAAAGCAGUGAGGGACGAGAUGAUGAGAGAAGCAGAGAUCAUGCACCAGUUGGAUAAUCCUUACAUUGUGCGCAUGAUUGGUCUCUGCCAGGCAGAAGCACUCAUGCUGGUGAUGGAGAUGGCCCCCGCCGGGCCACUUAACAAGUUCCUCUCCAGCAAGAAAGACCAGAUCCCAGUGGAUAACAUUGUGGAGUUGAUGCAUCAGGUAUCUCUAGGGAUGAAGUAUUUGGAGGAGAAGAAUUUUGUGCACCGAGAUUUGGCAGCUCGCAACGUACUACUGGUCAACCAGCAUUAUGCCAAAAUUAGCGACUUUGGCCUGUCCAAGGCUCUGGGUGCAGAUGACAACUAUUACAGGGCACGCACAGCUGGAAAAUGGCCCCUGAAGUGGUACGCACCAGAGUGCAUCAACUUUCACAAGUUCUCCAGCAAAAGUGACGUUUGGAGCUUUGGCGUGACCAUGUGGGAGGCCUUCUCAUAUGGUGGAAAGCCUUACAAGAAAAUGAAAGGUCCAGAGGUCAUUAGCUUUAUUGAGAGCGGGAGUCGUAUGGACUGUCCAGCGGUGUGCCCGGAGCCCAUGUAUGAACUGAUGAAAGAAUGCUGGACAUACAAACACGAGGAACGGCCGGGUUUCGUGAAAGUGGAAGAACGCAUGAGGACCUACUACUACUCCAUAUCCAAAAAGCCUCCUCCUGAAGCCAACGCUGCCUGUGCCCCGCCCUCCUAA